AUGGAGCAAGAAAUGGAGAAGAGAGAGGGAGGUAGAACUGAGAAAAAUGAAGAGAAAUGGGUGCAUGAUGCAUCUGUGGACUAUAAAGGCAGUGUUCCUCUCCGUGCUUCCACUGGUGUAUGGAAAGCCUCUCUCUUUGUCCUCACAAUUGAAUUCAGUGAAAGGGUAAGCUACUUUGGGAUAGCCACUAAUCUUAUAUCGUACCUGACUAAAGUGAUGCAUGAAGACCUCAAAACAGCAGCCAAGAAUGUAAACUAUUGGUCCGGAACAACAACCCUAAUGCCUCUGGUUGGGGGAUUUGUUGCUGAUGCCUACACUGGACGAUUUUAUAUGGUCCUGUUUUCAUCCUUUGUAUACCUCAUGGGAUUAAUCUCAUUGACCAUGUCUCAAUUCAUCCCAAGUAUAAAGCCUUGUAAUACUAAGAUAUGCCAAAAGCCAAGGAAGGUUCAUGAAGUGGUUUUCUUCCUUGCCCUUUACUGUAUCUCCUUGGGUACAGGAGGAUACAAACCAUGCUUGGAAAGCUUUGGAGCUGACCAAUUUGAUGAUGAUAACUUGGAAGAAAGGAAGAAGAAGAUGUCUUUCUUCAACUGGUGGAACUUUGCUCUGUGUUUUGCAUUACUGCUUGGUGCAACGGUGGUUGUUUAUGUUCAAGAUUUCGUCAGCUGGGGAGUUGCUUGUCUCAUCCUCACUAUUUUUAUGGCCCUUACCGUCAUAGCUUUCUGUGUGGGAAAACCAUUUUACAGGUACAGAAGGACAGAAGGAAACCCUUUAACACCAAUUUUACAAGUCUUAACUGCAGCAGUUAGGAAAAGAAAUUUAUCUUGUCCUUCAAAUCCUGCUUUAUUGUAUGAGGUCCCAGAGUCUUUGAGGUCCCAAGGAAGGCUUCUGAGACACACUAGCAGGCUCAGGUUUCUUGACAAGGCUGCAAUAAUUGAGGAGAAACAUGUUGAGCAGAAGGACAAUCCUUGGAGAUUAGCAACAGUGACACGAGUAGAAGAAACAAAACUUGUUCUAAAUUUAGUUCCGAUAUGGCUAACUUCACUAACAGUUGGAGUAUGUGUGGCUCAAGGCACAACACUCUUCGUCAAACAAGCAGCUGCUAUGAACUUAAACAUAAGUGACGAUGUCAAAAUCCCACCAGCUUCCAUGUUCUCUGUUUCUGCAGCUGGUACCUUAAUAGCUGUCCCAAUAUAUGAUAGGAUUAUUGUUCCAAUUCUGAGGAAAGUCACUGGUAAUGAAAGAGGCAUCAGCAUCCUUAGGAGGAUGAGCAUUGGCAUGACAUUAUCAGUCGUACUCAUGGUUGUCGCUGCCUUAGUAGAAGCGAACAGACUAAGAAUGGCUGCACAGGAAAUUAAUCACAAUAAUAUGAGCGUGUUGUGGCUGAUACCCCAAUACUUAAUCCUUGGGGUUGGAGAUUCAUUUUCUCUAGUUGGUUUACAAGAGUAUUUCUAUGACCAAGUUCCUGACUCAAUGAGAAGCUUGGGAAUGGCUUUGUAUCUUAGUGUGCUUGGAGUAGGAUUCUUCUUAAGCAGCUUUCUAAUAAUCAUUGUGGACCAUCUCACGGGGAAGAAUGGCAACAGUUGGAUUGGCAAGGACAUAAAUUCAAGUCGUCUAGAUAGGUUUUAUUGGAUGUUGGCUGUUAUAAAUGCUUUGGUUUUGUGUUUCUUCCUCUUGGUGACAAAAAAGUACACUUACAAGACUGUACAGACGAGAGCUAUGGACAGUGAUUGUUAUAAGAGUGAUGGGGUGGAGAUGGUGGCUUGA